AUGUCGUCGAGUCCGGACAUGUGCCCUGCGGUGCAGGGUUCGCCUUGCCGCCGCCUGAUAGGAACAAGUUAUGGUGACGGUUACGAAAGUUAUCAAGAAGGUUACGGAAAUGAAUUCAACCGUUCUGGGCAACAGCUCGGAAGUCAACAGCUUCAUCAUGAGAAUCAUCAACAUCAGCAAGCUCUGCUGGAGCAGACAAGUGUUAAAAAUCUGCAAACUAGGAGAGUUAAUUGUCCAAGUCCUGCUCCUUCGCAGAGGCCAAGUGCAACGCCUAGUAAUAAUGAACAAAAGACUGUGACGCACUAUUCGGUUGCAGAUAGCGACGAUUAUAGAAAAGCUAGCGGGAGAUCCGACGAGGCUUCGGAUGACGAUAGGGGGCCACCGCUGCCUCCGAGGCCUCAACCGAUCGCUCAACCUGGACGCUGUGCGAUUCCAUCAAAUAAUGGACUCCACUCCGGUAACAAUAAUGGCGUUCGGAAAUAUGUCAUGUGUUGCCUUCUCUGCGGCGGCAUGUCAGCUAUCUUAGGAGUGCUCUUCCUCGGCGUUUAUUUCCUUUUGAGGUCUUACACGUCUACUGUUGGUUAUUUCGAAACAGUCCCCACCUUCGUACCUGCCACACUGCUCAUACUAACAGGAGUGUGCGUAAUGAGUUUGGCGAGAAGAAGAAAUCGUUAUAGUUAUUUAAUCAAAGUAAGCGGUGCAUGCGGCAUGGUCUGCGGGCUGACGUGCGUGCUGGUCACGGUGACCACAACUGUCCUGCACAUGGGACGUCUCCAAACGCUCAGGGAAUGCGAGUACACUCAGAAAACGCGGACGUGCACUUGCUAUUCGGUGCUGAUCGAAUCUCACAUGGAAGCUGAAGAAGGAGUACGUUUUGUAUUCGAUUCAACCCCCGACUGUGGAGUUGUUCACGGGGCCAUUUACUCUUGCUUGCGGGGAGUAUUCGGACUUUCUGUCGCCGGCAUACUGGUUUGCGUAUUCUGCUGCAUGCUGGUUUAUCAAUUACUCAGUCAUGAACGAAAGAAGAUGUACUGGGAACAAUUAGCUCUCCGCUGCCGGUCUCUAUAUCAGCCGCCACGAGUUGGCGAAAACGGAAUCCAGGAAGCACCAGGCGUGUCCAACGCGAGCCGAACAGCCAGGACUCCAGUACACCAGUACUGCAGGUACUGUGAGCAAUGCCGCUACCCUACAGCGCUUGGCGUUUAUCCUUGGGACGCGAUUGAGAAUAGGUUCUGGAUGCCGGGUCAAUCCGGUAACUUCUACUCGCCAAAUCCAGGAGAUGAGGUAGUUGGUUCUACCGCCCCGCAGAAUAGUGGCAGAACGCGUCCUGCCUGCGGAUGGAGUUGGCCAAGAAUGCCCUGGUCACGUACUGAUCAACGAUAUCGCCAAACGCCAAGCAGUCCAGAUAGUCAAUAUGGCUUCAGCAAUUCUCAAAGCGACGAGUCAGCUGGCGGAGCAGUAUCACAAGCGAUAAAUGCACCCAAUACUGGUUACAGCGUCGUUGGUGGACCACCAUAUGGGCCCUGGGGGCCACCGCCGCCGUACUCGGAUCCAAACAGUCCUGCGCGACGCGGAAUGAUGUUCCCACACGUUCAUUGCACUGCCUUACCUGAAUCACACAUACAUCAUCAACAACAACCGACAAUGGAACAAAUGCAGCACACUUCCCAAAGAACAGCACCGGUGCCGAUUGCUCCAACACAAGAACGUCUUCGUCAACCAAAGUUUGGAGGCAAAGACGACUAUGAGAAUACUCACUACGAAUCGGCAACAGUUUCCGACUCGCAGGCAAGCGAGUGCAACGAGCAGCGAAGAAAUACAUUGCCAGCAAGAAAGACAAAAAAACGAACAGAAAUGGGAUCGGCCAAUUCAAAUUUGAAAUGUAAACCAACGAUGCCUCCUUCUAAUCCAGGACCAAGUACAAGCAUGGAUCAACCAAGCACAUCGGAUCAUCAGAAUCAACACAAACAGCAUAAAAAUAAUAUGAUGGAACCCUCAGAAUCAGAAGUAUAUUUUGCAGAUGUAAGCAGUUGUUGUAACCUUUCUGUAGAUAAUUAUCGUUUUUACGACGAGGAGCAUGAACAAAAACGACAUAUGGUGCAGACAAACGAUGAAUCACUACGAAAUGCAAAUAGUUCAACAGAUAAUGAGGAUUACUUAGCGAAACGGUUUGGCAAAAGAAAACCUUCCACGAGAAGUCGACUGCCGUUUCCACAGAUGAAUGUAGAAGAUGUCAAUUUCAAUCGGAGACAACCAACUGAGUUAGGAGAAGCGGGGCCAUACGCACAGCACGGAUACCAGUCUUCCUCAAGUAACGAGUUCGCCUGCCAACAAUACUCGUCGUCACAUUUUCUAGCGCAGGAGGCAAAUUGCAAUGAGCUUCUUGGGUCAGAUCGAACAGAAGGAGGAUUCCUUGCGCCCGACGCGCAGUACGAGGUUAUCAAAGAAGCUGGGCAGCACUAUGGUCUACGAAGUGAUAAUAGGGUUGCAUAUGAACCAGCAGAUACGUUGUUUUCACAAUCAUAUUUACAUAAGAAAGAUCUAAAUCUAUCACAACUGUAG